AACUCUUUUUACCCGUCAAUCAUUUUUUUUACCCCAGGUAAAACACUGAUCUGCCUUUUUCCGGCGGCCGAGACGGCGUCGUGUUCGGUUGAUUGUCCGCCCAUGGCCGCCGUCGCGGCGAGAAGCUCGAGCAAGAAGGAAUGUCCGGGAGGGCUUUUACUGGAUCGGUACGAGAUCGGCAAGCUCCUUGGCCAUGGAACCUUCGCGAAGGUCUACUUCGCCAGGAACGUGAAGACGAACGAGGGCGUCGCGAUUAAGGUGAUCGACAAGGAGAAGAUCCUCAAAGUCGGCCUCACCGCGCACAUCAAGCGCGAGGUUUCGAUCCUCCGCCGCGUCCGCCACCCUAACAUCGUCCAGCUCCUCGAGGUCAUGGCCACGAAAUCGAAGAUUUUCUUCGUCAUGGAGUAUGUCAGGGGCGGCGAGUUGUUCAACAAGGUCGCCAAGGGGAGGCUCAAGGAGGAGGACGCCAGGAGGUAUUUCCAGCAAUUGAUCUCCGCCGUGGCCUUCUGUCACGCCCGCGGCGUUUACCACCGCGAUUUGAAGCCGGAAAACAUACUGUUGGACGAGGACGGGAAUGUGAAGGUCUCCGAUUUCGGAUUGAGCGCCAUAUCUGAGCAGAUCAAACAGGACGGGCUGUUUCACACGUUCUGCGGCACUCCAGCUUACGUUGCCCCAGAAGUAUUGGCCAGGAAGGGCUACGAUGCUGCGAAGGUAGAUAUAUGGUCUUGCGGGGUGAUUCUCUUUGUUCUAAUGGCUGGCUAUUUACCUUUCCAUGACCAGAACAUCAUGUCCAUGUAUAAGAAGAUUUACAGAGGGGAAUUCAGAUGCCCUAGAUGGUUUUCCCCCGAAUUAACAAGAUUUCUCUCUCGAUUGCUCGAAACCAAUCCAGAAACAAGGAUAACCAUCCCUGAGAUUAUGAGCAACAGAUGGUUCAAGAAGGGGUUUAAGGAUGUCAAGUUUUACAUAGAGGAUGACAAGCUGUGUAGUAUCUUGGACGAAGGAGUCGAUUAUUCGUCUGAUUUGUCAGAAUCAGAAUCUGAGAUGGAGAGCAGGAAGAGGAUAACCGGUUUACCUAGACCUGCUAGCUUGAACGCCUUUGACAUCAUCUCCUUUUCACCCGGUUUUGAUCUUUCUGGAUUGUUUGAGGAAGGGGGAGAUGGUGUGAGACUCAUCUCCGGAGCACCUGUGUACAAGAUCAUAAACAAGCUGGAAGAGAUUGCGAAAGUGGUGAGUUUUUCAGUGAGGAAGAAGGAUUGUAGGGUUAGUCUUGAGGGGACGAAGGAAGGUGCAAAAGGACCAUUAACCAUAGCUGCAGAGAUAUUCGAACUAACCCCUUCUUUGAGAGUCGUGGAGGUGAAGAAGAAGGGAGGAGAUACAGUUGAAUUUGAAAGGUUCUGCAAUCAAGAAUUGAAGCCCAGAUUACAUAACCUCUCCAUUGAAGACUCAUCUGAUUCUUCUUCACAUGUACCAUCAGAUACUGAAUAAACAAAAGGUUAAUGCUCUCUACUUCUUUCUGUUGUAGUAUAUUUUAAUUAUGAUUUUAUAUACUUCUUGUUGUGCCUUUGCCCCCCAUGGUUAUGUCUAUUAAGUUGUUAAUGUAAUUUUGUUCUUUGUACCUGUUUAGAUAGGUUAUACAAACACUGGAGAAAAUGAAUUUGUCAUUCUACCAAAGCUUGCUUCUUUUACAACUUCUUUAACCAUUAUAUGUUCGAAACAAAUGAUGGUCAUAUCG